AAAGUCACGGGCCAGCAUCGAAGCCCGGGCUCACAAACAUUGUUUUUUCAGCUCAAAUGGAAGCUGUUUCCUGUUUGACUCAUCUUUUAAGAGUGAGGAACGGGGUAGCCGGUGGUUGAUUGACUUAUUUCCCAAUUCCUUUCUCUUUUGUGGUUUGGGAAUUUUCCGAACACAGCACAAUCAAUAUAUUUAAAGAAGUGCGUGCGUUGCGUUUUUAAAUCCAGGCCGGCCCGACUGCCCCUUUUACCCUUGCACUACGUCCCUCACUCCCUCCUUACCCCCCUCCCCCUUUCUGGUUUUCUGCAGCUUUUCUUUCUCCUCUGUCUUUCCACCCCUCUGACUGAAUGGAGAAGUUGGGUUCUCCAGAACCCGGACACCCCGUGCAGGGUGCUGGGCCUGUUGCUGGAGUUUCUGUUGCCAAAAUGGAAGGAGCUUCGGGGGAAGAAGUGGUUACAGGAGCCAAAUCCAAACUCUUGGAGUGUGCAUGUUUGAAACGCUGGUUACCACCGAUCUACAGGGAAGAACUUUACCAUAUUUUACGACUUGCAGGCCCACUGCUGCUGUCUCGGAUUCUGAAUAUCUCCGUGCCGUUUGUUAUCACCAUUUUCUGUGGUCAAAUGGGCAAUGUAGAACUGGCUGGAUAUGCACUUGCCUCUGUGACGUUAAACGUGACCACAAAUGCAACAGGCCACGGCCUGGCUUUGGCUUGUGAUACACUCAUUUCUCAGACAUAUGGCAGUAAGAAUAUGAAGCGAGUCGGAGUAAUACUUCAAAGGAGUUCCCUCAUCAUGCUGCUGUUCUGUCUGCCUUGUUGGGCUCUUCUGAUUAACGCUGAGAACUUACUGCUCCUCAUAAGGCAAAACGCAGAUGUGGCCAGAAUCGCUCAGCUCUAUAUUAUGAUAUUUCUGCCAGCUGUCCCAGCCAUGUUCCUGCACCACCUCCAGGUUUCUUAUCUACAAAACCAGGGAAUUACUCUACCUCAGAUGUACACUGCAGGAGUCACAAAUGUCUUCAACCUGGGAGCCAACUACCUUUUAAUCUCUGUCCUUGGCUUGGGUGUCGUAGGAUCAGCGGUUGCUAACAGCCUUUCUCAGAUUGUCUCCUGUCUGCUGCUGUUUGGUUACAUCAAAUGGAAGAAGCUUCAUGAGAAGACAUGGGGAGGCUGGACCACCGACUGUCUGCAGGACUGGGGUUCCUACAUGAAGCUGGCCACCCCCAGCGCUCUCAUGAUGUGCCUUGAAUGGUGGAUGUGGGAGAUCGGAGGAUUCCUUGCAGGUACUCUUGGUGAGAAGGAUCUUGCUGCCCUGCAUUUGUUGUUUGAAAUAGGAGCUUUUGCAUACAUGUUCCCUCUAGGUAUCAGUGCAGCAGUGUGCGUCCGAGUUGGAAACGCUUUAGGGGCUGGAAACACCAACAGAGCCCUUGUCGCCUGCAAGUUGGCCCUCGUUUUGGGAGGAGCCAUUGCUGCAGUCCAGGGGGUUGUCAUGGGUUGCUGUAGGUCGGUUACUGGUAAAAUCUUCACCUCUGAUAUUGGUAUUUUGGAGAUUGUGUCGCACAAUCUUUCAGUCUUUAUAUUUCUUCAGGUCUUUGACUCAGUUCUGUGCGUCUGCACAGGGAUUCUCAUAGGAUCAGGCUUGCAGAAAAUUGUUGCCAUGACCAACUUGGUUUCUUACUACUGCAUUGGGCUGCCAGUCGGAGCUGGCUUGAUGUUUGGUGCUAAUAUGAGGAUAUUAGGCUUGUGGGUGGGUCUCUCAACCUGUGUGUUUAUUUCGAUGUGUUUCUUCCUGGUUUUGAUCUUCAAACUGAACUGGAAAAAAAUCACCCGCAAGGCGCAGCUGCGAGCUGGAAAAACUGCGGUUUUGACGGCAAUGUGUCCUGCCAGUCCAGUGAAUGAAGUGAUGCUGCAGGACAUCGCUGACAUCCCAGACAUAGCCCAGUUGAACAGUGAGCCAGCUCCCAAAACAGAUGGCUACGGACCUGUCAGCACCCAGGAUCAGGGUGUGACGGCGGGUCAUGAAACUGAGGAAAACAACACCCAUGCUGGAGGGACGGAGAAGGAUGCUGAGCAGAACAAAUCUGCGUCAAGCACAAAAUCUGAGAAGCGGCUCCCGAUCUCAGAGCUGAUCAAGCGCAGGGGAUUGACGUUAUUGAGUUUAGCUCUUAUUUUGGUCAUAGGGGUUGCUGUCCAUAUUGCUGUUCCUGCACCUAUACCAAGUGUCAGCACCAAUUUUACCCUAAACUGGGGCAACGGCUCCACUCCUACCCCUCUGACUUCACUGAACCUAACCUCAUCCUACUGAGCUAGUGGAGCGCAGACAUCCACAAUGUUCUCACGAACGCUAAAUUCAAAUGUUAAACUCUUUGUAAGAAGCCUCACCGGCUGUUCUGUUGUGGAGAUGAAGACGUGAAAUGCUCUAAGCAACGUCGUCUGGCACGAACUCUGCCGAGAAGAACAAACGUCUUACAAAGAACGUGUGGUUCAACGUGAGAUACAUCGUAGAGUCUACAGUUUGCAAAUCCUUCUCUGGGGACAUCAUCUGUUUUCCCAGCUUUUGACAACCAAUAUUGUGCGUUGGAUUGUGCAUCUUCUAGAGUCAAGUUCCAGUUCCUCUGCAGAAGCAAAAGAGACGGAGUGAGCCUGCCUUAUGUGGUCCAACCAAUAGCAUUUCUGGAGCAAGGAGCUGUUCAGCACAGCUUGACCUACUUUACAAACUUAACAGUGACAAUAGAAAACAAGAAACUGGACCAAAACAAAAUGUCUGACGUGUAUAGCAUGACCUUUUUAUUACUGUAGUCAACGAAAAUGCUUGUUAAUACGGAAUAGUGUGUGUAUAAAUUGAAUUUUAAAUACAUUUAUGUAUUAAAUUUGAUCAAUUCUUUGGGUUUCUAGAGUUUAAAAACUGCUGGUAGAAGUCUUUAUUUUUUUUUACCAAAAUUUAAAUCUAUCUUCUAUUGGGAUUUCCGUGGUUUCUAUUCGAAACUGCAUUUUUUUUCAAUGUUUUGCAUCCAUUCUGUUGUAGUAUUUGUGCAGAUCUGCAACCUGAGAGUCGAGUCUUUGACCCCUCCUCUGUAGCUCGUUGGUGGUUAAAAUAUUUUUAAUUUUAAAAAGUAGCUGAAUUUUUCAGACUAAUAAGGUUGAAGUAGCAGCUGGGUGGCUCAGCUGGCUUGUUGUAGGACUGCCAUGCAGGACCCCAGAGUGGGCAAUGUGCUCCAUUCAGUGUAGUCAGGCAAGAUCCUCCAUGCUACAGCCCAUAUGUGGCGACAAGGGGGUUCAGGUCUGUGCCGGUCAGUAAACACAACCAGAUUAGUCUUAAAGUACAUCAGAUAUAAGGAGGACUGUCUAUUAAAUAAAUUCAAUGAUGAGUGUUCCUUAUAGUCAAAGACAUGUGGUAAGAGCUAAUUAAUUAGCUCAAAUUUCAUUUUUUAUGUGCCAAUUUUCUGGCUGAUAAAAUAAGCUGUGCCUAGUUUUUCAUUUUUUAAUCCGUGUUGACAUGACACUACCAUUUCUAUAUUUGCUGUAUUGAGAGGAUCCCAUGCGGUCUUUUAUUUUGAAAGGAAGUCAUGUAAACCUUUUGUCAAAUGUAAUUCUACUACAUAUUUAGAAAUAAAAAUGUUUUAUUCGUGUAAAAGUUUAUUUAUAUUUAUCAUAAAAGUAACGAUAACAAAAAUAAAUAUUUUUUUAAUUUAGUUUUAUUUCAUUUUUAGGCUCCUUUUGGGUUGUUGUCAUUGAGAAAUUGACCUGAAUGGCUCUUUAAGUGUUGAAGGUUGCAGACCCCUGGUGUAGAUCUUUAAGCUAAACAACUGUUUUCGAAUCUGUAAUUUUCUGAUCAAUAUUUUAACCAUAAUGUACCAACUAACUGGUUCACCAGCACUGGAUGUACGUAGAAUAUUGUUUUUAAUGUAAAAUUAUGCAGUAAAAUGAUAUUUGAGAUGUCUAAAAACAAAACAAAAAUUAAAUGUGCUUGUGUAUAAUUUU